GAGUAGCUGGGAUCAUAGGUGCCUGCCACCAUGCCUGACUAAUUUUUGUAUUUUUAGUAGAGACGGGGUUUCACCAUGUUGGCCAGGCUGUUCUGGAACUCCUGACCUCAAGUGAUCCACCUGCCUCGGCCUCCCAAAGUGCUGGGAUUACAGGAGUGAGCCACAGCGCCCAGCUUACACCCGACUACUUUUUAAAAUGUUUUUGUAAAGUCAGGGUUUCGCCAUGUUGCCCAGGCUGAUUUUGAACUCCUGGGCUCAAGCAAUCCUUUUGCCUUUUGACUCCCAAAGUCCUGGGAUUACAGGUGUGAACCCCUGCACCUGGCCUCAAUGUUAAGAUCUUAAGGGGCACAGCACAGACCUUGUCUUGUCUAUCUCCCUGGCACCUCUUACAGAGUACAGCUUAUUAACAGAUGUUCCAGAAACUGUUACUGAACAUUCGGCUUGAUGCCGUGGGCUUGUCUGCAUCUUGCAACUGUCACCUGGCUGAGAAAUUUCUUCUAUAAAUAAGCAGUUUCUGUUUCAGAUGUGAUAUGCCCUGAUAUUUACACCCUGUCUCUUACCCCAUCCAAGACUCAAACUUAGAAACUUGAAUUAGAUGUGGUAUUCAAAUCCUUAGCUGCCGCGAAGACACAGACGGCCCCCGUAAGAACCCACGAAGCAGGCGAAGUUCAUUGUUCUCAACAUUCUAGCUGCUCUUGCUGCAUUUGCUCUGGAAUUCUUGUAGAGAUAUUACUUGUCCUUCCAGGCUGUUCUUUCUGUAGCUCCCUUGUUUUCUUUUUGUGAUCAUGUUGCAGAUGGCUGGGCAGUGCUCCCAAAAUGAAUAUUUUGACAGUUUGUUGCAUGCUUGCAUACCUUGUCAACUUCGAUGUUCUUCUAAUACUCCUCCUCUAACAUGUCAGCGUUAUUGUAAUGCAAGUGUGACCAAUUCAGUGAAAGGAACGAAUGCGAUUCUCUGGACCUGUUUGGGACUGAGCUUAAUAAUUUCUUUGGCAGUUUUCGUGCUAAUGUUUUUGCUAAGGAAGAUAAGCUCUGAACCAUUAAAGGACGAGUUUAAAAACACAGGAUCAGGUCUCCUGGGCAUGGCUAACAUUGACCUGGAAAAGAGCAGGACUGGUGAUGAAAUUAUUCUUCCGAGAGGCCUCGAGUACACGGUGGAAGAAUGCACCUGUGAAGACUGCAUCAAGAGCAAACCGAAGGUCGACUCUGACCAUUGCUUUCCACUCCCAGCUAUGGAGGAAGGCGCAACCAUUCUUGUCACCACGAAAACGAAUGACUAUUGCAAGAGCCUGCCAGCUGCUUUGAGUGCUACGGAGAUAGAGAAAUCAAUUUCUGCUAGGUAAUUAACCAUUUCGACUCGAGCAGUGCCACUUUAAAAAUCUUUUGUCGGAAUAGAUGAUGUGUCAGAUCUCCUUAGGAUGACUGUAUUUUUCAGUUGCCGAUACAGCUUUUUGUCCUCUAACUGUGGAAACUCUUUAUGUUAGAUAUAUUUCUCUAGGUUACUGUUGGGAGCUUAAUGGUAGAAACUUCCUUUGUUUCAUGAUUAAACUCUUUUUUUUCCUGA